AGGAAGAGAAACUGUGUUACAGUUGGUGCAGAUCUGCUGGAGUCUGGUCCAGUUUAGUGAAGAGUCUUCAGAGGAGGAAACUCCGCCUCCAGUCCGUCCAUCAUGGCGGACAUCAAGAACUUCCUUUAUGCCUGGUGUGGAAAGAAGAAGCUGACUCCCAGCUACGACAUCCGAGCCGCAGGCAACAAGAACCGCCCAAAGUUCAUGUGUGAGGUCCGAGUCGACACCUAUAACUACACCGGGAUGGGAAACUCCACCAACAAGAAAGACGCUCAGACCAACGCGGCUCGAGACUUCGUCAACUAUCUGGUCCGACUCGGAGACUGCAGAAGUCCCAGCAGCCGGGGCCUGGCAUCCCAGAAUGUGAUCAGCCUGACGGAGGAGGAGGAGGAGGAGGAGGAGGGAGGAAACGGAGGCUUCGGUAACCUUCCUCCCAGUGGUCCUCUGCCUCCUCACCUUGUAGUGAAGAUUGAGAAAGACGACAGCAGCUCCGGUCCGGUUCCAGGAGUGACUGGGUUGGGUUACUCUGGAGGAGGAGGAGCAGGAGGAGGAGCAAGAGGAGGAGGAGGUCAGUGGGAGCAAGGAGCAGCAGAAGGAGGUCAGUGGGAGCGAGGAGCCAACCUGAAGGAGUACUACGCCAAGAGAGACGAGCAGGAAGCUCAGGCGACUCUGGAGUCGGAGGAGGUCGACCUGAACGCUAACCUGCACGGUAACUGGACGCUGGAGAACGCCAAAGCCCGUCUGAACCAGUUCUUCCAGAAGGAGAAAACCAGCGCUGAGUAUAAAUACAGCCAAGUGGGACCGGACCACAACAGGAGUUUCAUAGCAGAGAUGCAGCUGUUUGUGAGGCAGCUCGGCAGAAGAGUCACGGCUCGAGAGCACGGCUCCAACAAGAAGCUGGCGGCUCAGUCGUGCGCUCUGUCUCUGGUCCGCCAGCUGUACCACCUGGCAGUCAUCGAGGCGUACUCCGGCAUCACCAAGAAGAAGGAGGGAGAGAGACUACCUGCUGCUUUAAAUAACGUCUGCUUUAAUCUGGAAGUUUGUGUUUGUGUGUCCAGCUGGAGGCGUUCCAGGUCAACGUUUGUCCGGAGCUGCAACAGAAGCUUUCUGCUGUCGUCCAGGAGCUCGGAGUCACCGUCCCCUCACCUCCUCAGGACGCCAGCAGUCCGGGUGUCUCUGCUUCAGGGGAAGAUCGCCACGUUCGAGCCGUCGCAGCGUCAGACGGGAGCCGGCGUCAUCCCCUGGUCGCCUCCGCAGGUCAACUGGAACCCCUGGACCAGCAGCAACAUCGACGAGGGACCGCUGGCCUUC